AUGAUUGUUGUGAAUCUAUCGAAUCAAAGUCGAGGUGUUUACACUAGUUGUCGUAACAGUUUGCAACAUGAUGAUAAUGCAGGUGAACAGAAUCCACAAUGUUCGAGGUUCGCAACCACAUUCGAAUCCUUCUUCCCACUCGUUGAUAACGAGUACUGGAUAAAAGCGAGAAGAGAGCCCACAUUCCAAGAAAAUAUCUCCCUUUCAAUGUAUCGUUACUACAUGGCUCAACACUUAUACGCCCGACUAGUGCAGAUCCAAGCUGCGAAGGGUUCGGCUACUAACGACGAGCAGAAAUUCGCUAAUCAUGUCCAAUCAAUAGCACCUUCGGUUCCUUAUGGUGUCUUCACUUACUUGAACGCCAUAGGUGACAUAGAAGUAAUGGAAACUAAAAACAAUGAAUCUCACCUUCAGCACUUCUUCGAAUACUCUUUCAUCGCAUGGCCAAAUGAAAGUGGUCAUUUUGGAUCUGUGGAUGGCGAUACACAUUGGAUGUACAUGUCCUUUCCAGCUCCAAUAAUCGUCGCCACUGCAGUUCAGGCGGAUCUAGCUAUAGAAAAUCACAAAUCACUGUGGAAGUUAAGCUCCGAUUACAUCCCCGAUUAUGACCGUUAUGCAGUUUUUCCAACUCCUAAUUUGUUAGGCUGGAAACCAGCUACUGCUGUCACGACCGCCCAACGUCAAAAGCUUCACUUGUGUGGCAUAACUAGAGACGGCUAUGAUAUUGUCAAUACGCAGUUCCAGUUCAAUCCAAAACUUAUGACUAUUGUUCAUUCGUAUUUCAAAGCUUGCCCUCAAGCUAGUGUCAAUAUUAAGACAUGGUACACGAAUAAGAGACAAAAUAUUGGAACGAUGGAGCAAUUGGCCUGGUUGGAACGAGAAGUUGAUCCUAAUCCGUCAGUCAGCAAAACUUUUGCUUUCAUAGAGAAAGAUGUACUGGCAAUGUUGCAUCCACUCCAGACGAACACUAAAUAUUUGAGCAAACUUUCGCUUAUUAUGGGAUUCCGAGUUAAGAAGUAUGCGGUGCCGGGCGAUUGGGCUGUUUUUGACUGGGGUACUAAUGGGAGUAUCCCUCAAAGUUGGACGCAAACGAGGAAUGCAGUGUUUGAGUUUGGAGAUAUCGGUGAGAUUAGUGGAACUGCAAUUCCGUUCUCUUAUGCGAGGGAUGGAAUAAGAACGGAGUUUCUUGAGAGAUGUUACGAGGGACAACCCAUGUAUCAAUGA